CAUUAACGAUCCCGAGCGGUGCGCGGAUCAGGAGGCUGACACGUCCAAGCCGCAGUCAGCUGAUCGAAAACGGCAACAGGUAAUAACUACGAGCUGGGGGGAAAAAAGAAGACGGUAUUGUCUGAGGAUUCUUUUUUUUUUUUUUUUUUUUUUCCUGAAUAAAGUCGAUCGAGACUUUUAGAGCGCACUGGGACCUUUUUUUUUUUUUUAUUUAUAUUUUUUUUUAAUCAAGAGGAUUAAACUUCCAUUGGAGGACAUGGAGGUCGCAGCGGCAGAUCAGUCCCGAUGGAUGGCGCACCACCACGCCGUGCUCAACGGCCAGCACCCGGACUCGCACCAUCACGGUCUCAGCCACAACUACAUGGAGCCCAUGGCGCCUUUGUUGCCCCAAGACGAAGUAGACAUGUUUCUGAACCACUUGGACUCUCAGGGGAACCCCUACUACACCAAUUCUCGGGCCAGGGUCACCUACAGCCAAGCGCACGCUCGCCUCGCCGGGAAUCAGGUCUGCCGACCACACCUCAUCCACAGCCCCGGUAUCCCCUGGCUGGAUCCCGGAAAGGCAGCCCUGUCCGCCGCCCACCACCAUAACGCAUGGGCGGUGAGUCACUUCAGCAAACCCGGCCUGCACCCAACCAGCUCCGGCUACCCCUGCAGCAGCAACACCGGCACGGCCCCGGUGUCCUCGCUCACUCCGGCGACCCACUCCAGCCCGCACCUCUACAGUUUCCCCCCUACCCCGCCCAAAGACGUGUCUCCGGACCCCGGGCCCACGUCGCCCACCUCCACGUCGACCAGGAUGGACGAGAAGGAGUCCCUCAAGUACCAAGUGCAGCUGACGGACGGAAUGAAGAUGGAGAGCUGCAGCCCUCUGCGCGGCGGCCUGGCGUCGAUGAACGGCCAGGGCCCGGCCACGCACCACCCCAUCCCCACGUACCCGGCCUACCCUCUGCACACGCACCACGAGUACAGCGGCAGUCUCUUUCACCCCGGCAGCCUGCUGGGCUCGUCGUCCGGCUUCACGCCAAAGUGCAAAAGCAAAGCCCGGUCGACCUCAGAGGGCCGUGAAUGUGUGAACUGCGGUGCCACCUCCACUCCUCUGUGGCGGCGGGAUGGUACCGGCCACUACCUGUGCAACGCCUGCGGACUGUACCACAAGAUGAACGGCCAGAACCGACCGCUCAUCAAGCCCAAACGUAGACUGUCUGCUGCUCGACGUGCAGGCACCUGCUGCGCAAACUGCCAGACCACCACCACCACCCUGUGGAGGCGCAAUGGCAAUGGAGACCCAGUGUGCAACGCCUGCGGACUUUACUUUAAACUGCACAACGUCAACAGACCGCUGACAAUGAAGAAAGAAGGCAUCCAGACGCGAAACCGCAAGAUGUCGAGCAAGUCCAAGAGGAACAAGCGACCGAGCGACGGCUUCGAAGAGCUGACCAAGUGCAUGCAGGACAAGGCCUCUCCCUUUGGCGCUGCCCCCGGUCUCACAAGCCACAUGACCCACAUGGGUCACUUACCCCCCUUCAGCCACCCGGGACACAUGCUGCCGACUCCCACGCCCAUUCACCCUUCAUUCGGCCCCCACCACCACACCAACCGCUCGCCGGUUUGGGCAGAGCCCCACUGAACUUUUCUUCCUGUCUGAGCCACCAUGUUGCCAUUAUCAUUAAAGGCCCACCCUCCCUCACAAUAAGCCGGAAGCUCAGCAGACUUGUCGCGUCAUGUACAGCGCUUGUAGCCGAGCAGCGCUCAGUUGGACUUAAUAACUGCACGGCAAGUCCAGUGGGACCCCACGGAUGGAAAAAUACAGGGAGCGGGACUUUGGCGGACUCUGUGAGGAGCUUUGCGUGUUCUCUGCGACUAAGGAUUGCAGGAAUGGAGAGAGAAUGGCGAUGCUUGUCAUUCUUUCCGCUUAGUCAAGUCGCUCUGGUACCCACCUCUCCUCAAGCCUCACGAGAGGUCUUAUAAAGUUGUCUCUUCACCUCAUUUCCUUAUAUUCUGACACAUGUGCACCCUCCCUAGCCCUUCAUGUGCGUCGGCGCUGGAAAUGAAGACGUGGCUGGACACAAGCAGCGACACAAACCCGUGCUCUCUUCACAUGCUGGAUUGUGCACCAACACAAUAGUCACCCAUUUUUAAGAAUGGCCUUUUAUGGAAAAAAAAGACACAGUAAAUAGAGUGUUUAUAAAUGCUUAAUUGCUAUUAUGGUUGUUAUAUUUGAUGUUAUAAUUAUUGCUACAAUAAUUUAUUUUCACUCUUUAAGCUUUUGUCAAAAACAUAUGGAAAAUGUUCUGAGUCGUAUUUCAUGGUUAUGACGCGACAGAAAACACUGACUUAUAGAUGAAAAUUCCCCGAGCUGUACGUUUUUAUCAUUUUUCCAUCUCACAAAAAGUGACGAAAAUAAAGUUUAUUACUUAAACGGUAUGUCACUGCUACUUAAA